AUGAAUUUCAAUGACUUUAUAUUACAAGUUGUUGGCUUUCCAAAAGAGAUUGGAUUAGGGUUAGGUAUUUGUAAUGAAAAAUCAGCAACUGUAUCAGGUUCUCAUAUUUUUGGAUUUGAUAUUGUAAAAUUACAUCAAUGUAGAUUAGAGAUUUUUACUAGUUCUAAAAUUUCUAGAAAACGUUCUCUUUCCCUAACUCAAUUCAAGUCCGAACAAAAUAAACAAUUUGCAUCUUUUGAUAAAGAUGUUGAACAAACAUUUUCUUAA